CGAUAAUCGGCCGUCUGUCUACACCACUCACUACCACCGUGUCGCGGAGCUCCUCCACCACUCUAGCCUCCAUAUCAACCCUUCUCGAGCUCCACCACCUACCUCAGACACUAAAACAACAUACACAAUGAACCCCGCUAGCAUGACCACGCCGAUGGGUGGCCUCGGCGGCGCCCCCGGCGCAGCAGGACCCAACAUGCAGGGCAUGAGCGAGCAAGAACAAGCCAUGGUGAAGAUGAUGUACUCCGCCAUGGAAUCCUGCCCCAUGAAGACCGUCAUGGCCGGAACAAUGGGUUUCGGUCUGGGUGGUGUAUUCGGUUUGUUCAUGGCUAGCAUGUCCUACGACUCCACCUUCACCCCACAAGGCAAAGCGAUCGCCGACCUCCCCUGGAAAGAGCAAGUGCGGAGGGGAUUCAAAGACAUGGGCCAGCGGUCGUGGUCUAGCGCGAAGAACUUCGGUGUCGUGGGUGCGCUGUACUCUGGCACUGAGUGCUGUAUUGAGGGCUUGCGGGCCAAGAAUGAUCUUACGAAUUCGGUCGCUGCCGGUUGCAUUACCGGUGGGAUUCUGGGUGCGAAGGCUGGUCCCCAGGCUGCCGCGGCGGGCUGUGCUGGCUUUGCGGCGUUCAGUGCUGCGAUUGAUGCUUACAUGAGGAUGCCGGAGAAGGAUGAUUGAGUUGUUGGAUAGUAGGAGGGGUGAUGGGGGGUGGUAAUGUGGGUUGUGUUUGUUUUUCAUGGGUGGCGUUUGGGUUGGGUGCAUUUUAUGGCGUUUACCUUUCAUUUUUAUCAUUCCGGGUGAUGGUGAUUGAUUUAUGUUGAUAGAUUUCAUGGUUUUGAGGUUUGUGGGAGAGGGGUGGGGAUGGAUGGAUGGAUGGUCUUGACUCGACUCAUUGUAUAUUAUUACUACUGUGUAUAGAUAAAAUAGAUCUCUUUGCAGCGGUG